CUACUCAUAUAUUCUCUUCUACUUUUUCAAGAUCAUUCUUUCUCUCUUACUUCAUUAUAACUAUCAACCCCAAAACAAUCUCACUUGUUUUUUUUUUUUUUUCAUUUUCUCAUCACUCAUCUUAAACCAAUAUUCCCCUAACCAUGUCCUCUAGCAAUAAACCGGAUCAACCUUCUUCUUCCUCCAAUUCCGGCCACCACAAGCAACACCCGCUUCCGCCGCAACUUAGCCGCUAUGAAUCGCAGAAACGCCGCGACUGGAACACAUUUCUACAAUACCUCAAAACCCUAAACCCACCAGAGAAAACAUCUCAAUUCGACCACACGCACGUGCUAAGCUUCCUCAACUACUUAGACCAGUUCGGCAAAACCAAAGUCCAUCACCAAGCUUGUGCCUUCUUCGGACAGCCCGAUCCACCAUCUCCUUGCACGUGUCCUCUCAAACAAGCUUGGGGAAGCUUAGAUGCUUUGAUCGGACGGUUAAGAGCUGCUUACGAAGAACACGGUGGUGGAUCAUCCGAUAAUAACCCGUUUGGAAACGGGUCUAUCCGGAUUUAUUUAAGGGAAGUGAGAGAGUCUCAAGCUAAGGCUCGUGGAAUCCCGUAUAGAAAGAAAAAGAAAAGGAAGAAAACUAAAAACGACGUCGUGGUUGUCAAGAAAGAUUUUUUAAACUCUUCGGGGUCAUAAUCAUUAGUCCACUUGAUCACUGCCCAGUCUGCCCUUAUAUAUUUAAGAUAUAUCAAGAGUGUAUCAAGAUGAUUAAAAAAA